AUGGCCGACCAAGCUUCCCAAUCUUCUGCUUCACCCUCAACCCCUUCCUCUGACCAAAUCUCCAUGCGAGAGGCAGCAUUCCUUGCUGCCAGUCGCAGACUUGCUGCCCAACCCCACACCAUCCCGAGAAUCGUCGGUAGAACCUGGAGAAACCCAUUAUCCAUCCAGCCUCCUCAGUUUAAGAGGGGGCACAACAUUAAAAGUACCCCAGUUCCAACUCCAGCCAUCUCAACUGAGAGUGAGAAGAAGAGGCACGAUGAUAAGGAAGUAUUUGGCAAUAUUCUGAGUCACUUGGAGCAAAGAGGAGGAUUACCCGAGGCAGGGGUUAUAAACCAACCACUGUCUACGGAGGAGGUGACGGUGGUGGUGAAUGAAGAGGUGGUGGUGCUAGAUGCAGUGAUGAAUGAAGAGGAGGCAGGAAAAGGCACUCUGGCCUUAGAGACUCCUGAGGUGACUGCCAACGCAGAAACCUAUGAUGGACCCUCCAGAGUUAUGGUGGUGGUUGAAGUUGCGAUGGAUGAGGUUACAAUGGAGACGCAACCAAAAGUAGUUGAAGAGAAAAAGAAGAAGAAGAAAAGCAAAGGGAGAAAGGCUGGAGAGGCUGAGUCUUAUCAUCAUCGCAAGGAGAAAAAGAAUAAAGAAAAGAAGGAUGAUGACGAAGAUGAGGAAGCCAAGAAGGAAAGGAAGAGGAAAGAGAAGGAAGAAAGAAGAGAGCGCCAGCAUGAGAAAAAGUGCCUGAGAAAAGAAUAA